AUGAAGGUGGUGAUUAUCUUUCUUAGUGCCUUGGCCCUGCUCAAUUUAGCAGGUAACACUUCAGCUAAAUUAGUGGGGAGAAAGGCAAGUUGCAAUGAUGCAUUUGUGGGAUGUCCCAGAAUAUAUGACCCUGUGUGUGGGAUGGAUGGAAAUACUUACCCCAGUGAAUGCAUCCUAUGCUCUGAAAACAGGGUACGCCAGGUUCCUGUCCUUAUUAAAAAAUAUGGGCCUUGCUGA